AUGAAUCAAUUCAUUAAAAUCAGACGUUUAUUUCGAACAUAUACAUUUUUACACAUAUUUUUGAAAAUAAACAUUUUAUCAAUUUUCAUUUAUUUUUUCCUAAUCAUAAUUAAUAAUUAUCGAUUUCCCAACGAAAAUUAUCAUGCAUCUAUUGUAAGAGAUCGUGAAGAAUUACGUUUAGCUCAUUUACGUACAUUAAUGUAUGAUUGGUAUCAUCGUGGAAAAAUACCGUUUGUUUAUCAUACACCUCAAUCUUCAUUGUCAAAUUUAAAUAAUAAACAUGGUUUAGUCAUUAGUAUCAUGGCAUCGAAUCGUGUUCAAUAUCAAAUUGAUGAUUAUCAACCAGAUUAUUUAAUUCAAUCUUUAUCAACUAUCAUUAAAUUAAUAUUUAAUGAUAUUUCAAAAUAUGGUUAUCGAUUUAAAUAUAUUAAUAUAAUGAUUUGUUUAAAUGGAACUGAAAUAAAUGAACUUUCUAGCGUCAAUGAAAUUAUACAACUUAUUGGUCAACAUUCAAUUUAUCCAUUGCAUAUAAUAGAUCAAUUGUUCACUUAUAUGAAUUUAUCUGUUAAUUGUCAAUUUAUAAAAGAUAUGUCAACAUGUAUGCUAAAAUCAGUUGAUUUAAUUAAACAACAACAACAGCAACAAUUUAAUCAAAAUGAUUAUAUACUUAUCAUACAAGAGGAUAUGAUUGCAACAAAUAAUUUAUUUGAUUUAUUAUGGGAAUUAAUGCAACAAUCUAUAAAUACUAAUCAAAAAUUUGAUAUGAUUCAAUUGUAUUCCUAUGAAAAUGUAUUGAAAUUUCCAUUUUAUCAUGAAUUUGAUAGACAAUUAUUUGAAUUAACAUUGAAUUGUUUAUUAUUGAUUACAAUUAUUGCGUUUUUCAUUGAUUUACGUGCAACAGUGAUUCGACGACGAACAUUAUCACUGUCACAGUAUCGAUUGUAUAUGGUGUAUUUAAUGCUGAAUUUAUUCUUUACAUUGUUUACAUUAAUUUGGUUGUAUGGAGUGAAUAAUUUAUUGAUUCGAUUGUCUAGUUUAUUUAUUUUCAAUGAUAAUAGUGUAUUUCCAUUGAAAGGUCAAUCAUAUUAUGCUAAAACUGAUAUGAUUAUGGCUAAUUUAUAUUCAGCUGUACAAGUAAAACAAAUUGGUUAUUAUUUAAAAUCUGCACCAUGUGAACAAUUUUUAUGGGAUUUAAAACAGGAUGAAUCAAAAUGUGCUCAAUUAAUUACAUCAUAUCUUGUAUCAAAUAUUAAACGAAUAUUCAGUGUAUAUAAGAAUGUAUUUAAACAUUGUGGAUUAUAUUCGAAUGAAGAGAGAAGAAUGCUAAAUCCAGCAGAUGUUGAAUAG